AUGAUAAAACAUUUCAUCAGGACAGUUCAUAAUCGCAGAUCAUUUACUGGUCCGGUUAUUAUAAUUUGCGUACCAUCAGGUUCCACUCCAGUUGAGCGUAGAGCCAUUCAAGAAGCAGCGGAAAGUGCUGGAGGCAGAGAUGUAUAUCUUAUAGAAGAACCUAUGGCUGCGGCAAUAGGGGCUGGGCUGCCCGUAACAGAAGCAACUGGUUCAAUGAUUGUUGACGUAGGAGGAGGGACAACUGAGGUAGCAGUUUUAUCAUUAGGAGGUAUUGUUUACGCUAGAUCUGUACGAGUUGGAGGAGAUAAAAUGGAUGAAUCUAUUAUUUCCUAUAUUAGAAGACAUUAUAAUUUAUUAAUUGGUGAAUCAACUGCAGAGAAAAUUAAAAAACAAAUUGGAACUGCUUAUGUAGAUGAUAAUUUAGAACCACGAGUAAUGGAAAUUAAAGGGCGAGAUUUAGUCCAUGGAAUACCUAAAGAAAUGUUACUCAGCGAACAACAAAUUGCUGAUAGUUUAGUUGAGCCGGUCAGUCAAAUUGUUGAAGCUGUAAAAGUAGCGCUAGAAUGUACUCCUCCAGAAUUAUCAUCUGAUAUUGUUGAUAAAGGAAUUGUUAUGACUGGUGGUGGAGCAUUACUCAAAAAUUUAGACUAUGUCCUAAAAGAAGCAACUAAAUUACCAAUAAUUGUUGCUGAUCAAGCCUUAUCUUGUGUAGCUCUUGGUUCUGGGAAAGUAUUAGAAGAUUUUCAAAAAUUAAAACAUGUAUUGUUUAAACAAGAUUAA